UGGUGUCUUACAAAUAAUGUGACUUGAGCACUGAGAAUUUGAUGAAAUCGAGAUCCCAUUGUUACGCAUAAUAUUGAACCCAUAGUAACCAGUGACCCGCGCCAGAUAAGGCUCAUUUCUCUUCUAGCUGGUGGUUGAAAGCCCACUAGGUCACAUUCACUUCCGCAAUUCGCCUUUUUGACUUAACGCAACAGCAGAAAGGAUGUCCUGUAAAAGAUGUCCAGAACUGGGAAAUUUGACACCCAAUGGAAAGGACUCAUAGGGUAUCUUACAGUGUACAUGUAGAGAGCAACAUAAGUAACAUGGGUGGAUGCGUGUCGACCCUUGAGAGGAGUAAUUCGCCGCCAGUGAUUGUUAUGAGAGAUUCUUCUCUCUCCUGCUUAUCCGCGUCGAACAAACCAAAUUUUAUUGUUGAAGCAAUAGACACCUCUAUUGACGAUGCACUUACCGAAGUGGACGAAACAUCGUGUUUGAAAUACAGGACUCCCCACUUUAGAGCGCGAGCUGAGGUAUUGAUCCCACACUUGGCCAACACUCAAGUAUGGCAGAUCGGCUGGAUACAAGCCUGUGAUAAAAUGGAGUUCAUCAACACUUACGGAGAGGAUGGACAUACUUCUUGGGAAUUUCCAGAAUUGAUCUCCGGCAAACAGAAGAUGAUCAGUGAUUCAGACGGGACCCACUACCCCUGGUACGGGUCCAGAACUGAGGUGAAAACUGUGCACGGCCCCUGCCACAUGAAGCGCGUGACAGUGAGUGUCAGCGACAAUUUCUACCCAAAGAUCACGUGGAAAAUACCGCUGUUGCCAGAAAAAAGCGCAUAUCUCACGCGGGUGUCACGCGACCAGAGUUUCUACACUUGGCUCGUCGCCAAAAACUUGAUUGCUAACCGCAUAUAUGUAUUGAAAACCAUACGAUGGGAAAUGUCGCUGGAUAUUAAAGUGGAUGUUACCAAGCCCAUAGGAAAGAGAGCAACAUUAGUGGGCCCAAUGACUCAAAAGCAGCCAGAAAUUCUGGAAAAUGACGUUGCUAUUCCGGCGAUUGCUCUCCUAGAGCCAAACGCUAACAGUGCCCAGCGGCUGGUAUGGCGGGGUACGGAUGGAGGGUUUUCGGUCAUUGUCCCGCCAAGGUUGAGGAACUAUAAGUGCCCGCCUGACUGUCUCAUCUGCUGCACUCAAGGAACGUCAACGGACAGAAUUCAAACUGAAAUGAAAAAUAAAGCAGUUCAGAUAGAGGUGGAGGAACAUGCCCCUCGAGCCCCUACGAGUGAUGUGAAUGGUAACACGGCGCCGACAGAUGUUCCAAAAAUCACAUCUAUCCCAACUGGUGAAUCGGUAAAUCCGCCCAGUAAGAAGUUAUCUCGAUCACCUAUUUCAAACAGCGGUUGAUGAAUUUUAAUGUCAAGUUGACGAACCAUUUCUUGGUAUGCCGCACAUAACGGAUAUUGACUGAGCUUUUUAAAAUGUUAUCAAUUGUUGCUGUGAUAUUAAGCGUGUUAUACAAGAGCCAUAUUUAUUUAAAGUGAUCAGGAAAAAAGUGCCAUGAAUUUUGUCCCCAAGACAUUGAUUUAUAUCACAGUACUUAACAUAAAUUGCGACGUUUUAUUGACAGUGCAAGGCCAACACAGUAUUUGCAUUCAUUUUGGACCAAACUUACAGAUAUGCACAAAUUUAUGUAUAUCGCCUCUUUUAGUAUUUAUGUGUCAAAGGAAUCGUCCCAUAGUUUUAUUGUACAGACAAUCACGGACUGGUCACCCAAAGAUGGUUGGUUGUUGGGUGCCAUUGGUUUAUUUACACUGUCAAACGUGAAUUCCGUCAACAUGCAACAUUCCAAUUACAAUCAUCGUUUUUUUACGUUUUUACAUUUGCUGUUUGUAUUGUCCUUAAUGUGUUACAAAUGUGUUUGUAAUACAGAAAAUAUUAUUACCUGUUACUAAAAUCAGAUCAUUGUUACAUGCAUCAAUUAAAGAGAGUUUGUGUUUUAUUAGCAA